UACAGAUGAUACGGAUUUUGCAAUUGAACUCCAUCCCCGGAAGAAUCGGUACCGUCUUGUUCUUCUGAUGUCAUUCGGCGGGCAGUAACGUCGGUCGUGUGGUUUUACCCAAAGCUGAACGAGGACGACGAGGCCGACCGAGAGCGUUACCCGACAUCACGAAGAAAGAGAUCCCCAGCUCGUGCUCGCGCUAUUCCUCCGGAAGGACAGUCCCUCGCGGUCGUGAAUGCAAUUCUGCGCUGUCCCACGCAUAUGACGGACGUCCGCGGAUUUGACGUUUUUCUCGCACAUCAGCAACAAGAAUUGGCCAGAUGAAGAUAAUGUCAGAUGAUGAUGCUGCAUUGGACUCAAUGGAUACCGAGGAAGAGAUGUUUGCUCCUCGCAACCACAGCUUGGAUUCGAAUGUCAGGCGACCCAAGAGCCUGCGCAAGCUGAGAUCGCAUUCCGGCUCUAACUCCCAUAUAACUAGAAACAAUUUGAGUGUACGUCGUAGUACACGUAACAGAAUGCAGACUUAUGACAAUCUUAAUACAAGCUGGAUUCUAGGAACACAAACCUUGAAAGGAUAUCCUAUGUUUCAACAACAUGCAUCUUCCUCGGACAAAGAGAUGGUAGAUGAUGUCCCUGGUAGAAAACGUGAUCUCCGUGACCGCAUGCCCUUGCGAUCUCGCGAAAAUCACCCACCUAAUAAAACUCCGACAAGGCAUCUUAGAGACAGAACAGAGCACGAUCGACAAAACAGCAGAGAACUUCGAGGUAGACCUGAUCGUGAACUUAAAGAGAGAACUGAACCAGAAAAAGAUGUCAGCGAACAAACAAGGCCAGCAAAUGAAGAAAAAGAUACCAGGACGAGGAAGUCUGAUAGCCCGAGCAGAUUUAGAGAAGGUCCUGUAACCAGAUUAUGCGGAAGCAUAAUUGAAAAGGCCGAAAAGCCCAAAGUAGAGCCCCCGCAAGUGGAAGCAGAUGAUGAUAGCUCACGCGAAAGUGAAAAGCCAGAUAAUAACGACAAUGACAAUUCUGAAAACGAAGAUGGAUAUGAGGACAUGUACACACGCAUUAAGAGGACAAGACGUACGGCUCAACGACAACUGCCAAGAGUGGUGGAUAGUGAUCUAAGCGAAUCCUCGGAUUCUCCUGGGCCUAGGAAGUAUAGUUUACGUCAGAAAAAGCCUACCGUAGAUAGGUUUCAAGCUAAUGUAGAACCAGUUAGACGUUCUAUUAGAGCCCUUAGAAGUGUUCUCAGCAAUUCGAUGAGAAGAAGGAAGCAUAGAAGUAAGAGUACGAGUUCUGCCGAUUCCAGUGACUCCGAGCCUCAACGUUAUGACAAGAAGAAGGGUAAAAAAGCAAGACAAUCGGCUAUACCACAAGGCGGUCCACCUGAUCGAAAAGCUGACAUAAAUCCCAUCACUGUAGAUACUAACAUUAGAUUUAAUGACGUUGGAGGUCUGGAAGCCCACAUACACUGCCUUAAGGAGAUGGUCAUCUUUCCUAUGAUGUAUCCAGAUGUUUUUGAGAGAUACGAUGUUAUCCCACCGAAGGGUGUCUUGUUUCAUGGCCCGCCAGGGACCGGCAAAACACUGAUAGCUAGAGCAUUAGCAAACGAGUGUAGUCAAGGCAACAAGAAGAUGGCAUUCUUCAUGAGGAAAGGAGCUGAUUGUCUGUCGAAGUGGGUCGGGGAAUCAGAACGGCAAUUGAGAUUGUUGUUUGAACAGGCUCAACAAAUGAAACCGUCCAUAAUAUUUUUUGACGAAAUAGAUGGUCUAGCCCCUGUCAGAAGUACCAAGCAAGAUCAAAUACAUGCCAGUAUCGUAUCUACACUCUUGGCACUUAUGGAUGGUCUUAGUGACAGGGGACAGGUUAUAGUUAUUGGUGCAACAAAUAGAAUUGAUGCAAUCGACCCAGCUUUGCGAAGACCUGGCCGUUUUGAUCGUGAACUCUUUUUCCCCUUACCGGCCAUGAAAGAGAGAUUAGAAAUUUUAAAAAUUCAUGUUAGUAAAUGGAAAAAUCCGCCGUCCGAUCAAUUACUUGAGAUACUGGCGGAAAAGUCAACUGGUUAUUGUGGCUCAGACUUAAGAGCCUUGUGUACUGAGGCAGUACUGCAGGGAUUAAGAAGAACUUAUCCGCAAAUUUAUAUGACAAAUGACAGAUUAUUACUGGAUCCAGAGAGAGUCGCAGUAAAGAAACGUGAUUUUAUGCAAGCAAGCUCUAUGCUCGUUCCGUCAUCGCAUAGAGUAGCUCCGUGCGCGGGAAGAAAAUUGCAACCUUUUAUGGAACCACUGUUGGCACCUCCAUUGGAUGAAUUACUUAAUUUAAUAAAAGGAAUAUUUCCCCAAGGCAUAAAUCCUGCAAUGGCAAAAAUGAAAAAUGUCAAGGGCAUUCAUCGCCCACGAUUAUUGAUCUCUGGUGGCAGUAUGUCUGAGGGUCAAGGUCCUCAUUUAGCACAAGCAUUAUUGUAUUGCAUGGAACAUCUACUAGUGCAGAUCUUAGAUGUCAGUACAUUAUUUGCAGAAAGUGCUCGAUCUCCAGAGGAGACUUGUGUGCAGGUAUUUAACGAAGCGGCUAGGAAUGUACCGUCCAUAAUUUACAUUCGAUCGAUCAAUCAGUGGUGGCCUCUUGUGCCGGAAACAGUAAAAGCAGUUUUUCUGUGCCGUAUCGCUGCAUUGGAUCCUUCAUUGCCAAUUUUUAUUCUCUCAACAAGUGAUGCAAUGUAUCAAGAUUUACCUGAUCAACUAAAAAAUUUGUUCAGCGAAUUACGUGGGGAGGUGUAUUCCAUGAGAACUCCUACCAGUGAACAAAGAAAGAAAUUUUUCCGGCCCAUUUUUAUGAUCCAGAGUUUAAAACAGCCACAGAUCAAAAGCAACAAAGUAGAGGUUUUAGAAACACUGCCAUUAGCGCCGGAUCCGUUGCCAAAGAAACUAACAGAAGAAGAGAAGCAGAUCAUGUACGAGAAAGAUGAAGUAUCUUUGAGAGAGCUGCGGAUUUUCCUGAGAGAAAUAUGUGCUAAAUUAGCGAGAAAUCGACAAUUUUUCAUGUUUACGAAGCCGGUGGACACGGAAGAAGUACCGGAUUACAACCUGAUAAUAAAGCAGCCUAUGGAUCUGGAAACGAUGAUGACCAAGAUCGACAUGAACAGCUAUCUGUGCGCCCGCGAAUUUCUCGACGAUAUUGAUCUCAUAUGCAGAAAUGCUCUAGAAUAUAAUCCAGACAGCUUACGUGAUAGGCCCUCCCUCGGAAUAUUAAAGAGGGACCCUGCGGACAAAUUGAUAAGACAUCGAGCGUGUUCUUUGCGUGAUAACGCAUACGCUUUAAUAAAAGCUGAAUUGGACUCCGAUUUUGAGGAUAAGUGUCGCGAAAUUUCCAAGAAUCGCCGAAUUUUAGAAAACAAUUGUGAUAAUGAGGACGAAAAUAAGAAUUCCAAGGCAGAAUCUACUUCCACGGGCGAGCGAGCGGAAAAGAAGGAGUCUGUAAAUUCUAGUCAUUCUCUCGUCGUAAACGGAAAAAAAUUCGGUAGUUCAAGAAAACGUAAAAUACCUGCUUGGGCGCGCGGUUAUGUGAAAAAAGUUCAUAAGAAAAAGAGGAUCGCUUUCGAUGAGAAUGUUACUGAAGGAGCCGCGAAUAAAUCGUUGAACAAUGAAACUACCACUAGUAUUGAUCUAGAAAAAUUCCAAGAAUUUGAAACCGAAGCGAAUAACGUUUUGAACGGGCAUAUGGGAUUGUAUGACAAUACCGAUUCGGAGAACGAGUCACAGAAUGAAAGUUCAAAGGGAAGCCAAAACUGCACUGUCACAGAUCACCGAGUAGAUAAUCUUGAACAAAUGGAGAUAUGCUUUGUGGAGGAGGACAAGCAGAAUGGGAAUGGCGAUUCAAGUUCGUCAUCUCGACGCGAGAGCACGGAUGAAUUGUCAUUCGCCAUCGAAAGUGAUACUAGCCGAGAUAAGAUUGAGGAAAACGAGAAAAUUGUGAUUGAUAGAAGCGAGCUCGAAAAUGCAUGGUAUUUUACUGUCGAAAUAACGGAGGACUUUCCUGUCGAGGUAUUGUGCGAUAUUUAUGUGCAACUAAGCAGAUGCGUUGGAAAAUAUGCUCAGAAAUACGAUAGAAAAUCACUGCCAAAGGACUUGCUCAAGGAAGUGCAAAAGUUUACACAGUACAAGUCACAACGUCAGUAGAGUACAACACACAGGUAUGAUAUUGUAUGAAAGAAAAUGCAUGCUGCUAACAAAGCAAACGUGCUACAUUAUUGCGUCAUUGCAACACCUUCAGCCACAUAUUGGAAGGUCUUUUUUUGUAUAUUUAUACUGAUCGCAAAGCCAGAUUUUAUCAUUGUUGUAUCAAACGGAACUUUGGAAUGCUAUAUUUCUUAGUUGUUAUACUGCCAAUCUUUAGGUGAAUAACAGCAUAUAUCUGCAAAGCAAUUGCAUUUGUUGUGUAAGAUAACAAGCAAUUUUAGUUGAAUAUUAAGUUUCAGGUAUAUAAUUGGAUUGGAUUUUGUACAUAUUUUAAAAACACUGUAAAUGUCCAAUCAAGUAAUCGUUUGAUAUUUCAUACAAAAAUAACAAUUCUUAAUCAUAUUUAGCGCUGAAAUAAGAAAAAAUUGUUUCUUAUAAAUUGUCUCUUAUUGCUGCCAUUUACAUAUAUCUUUUAUCAACUAAAUUUGAUCUAAAUUUAAUAAAUAAAAUAUGAAAAUUUGAUCAUUCAUUAUUAUUAGCUUGAUGCUAAUAUUUUUAUUUUUAUUAUUAUAUUCGUUUAAGACUAUUUCUAUUUUUGAGAUUAUAUCACUUUUAUAUGUCAUAAUAAUGAUAAAAGUGAUCAAACCAAAUAAGAUAAAAGUAGCAAAUCGCUAACAUUCUUGCAUAAUAUUCCUUUAGGAUAAUCAUGGAUUUUUGUUCGUGAACACUGAUACGAAAAAUUUAGAUAUAGAAGAUCUAAUUAAAAACUUACUAUCUGACAAUAUAUAAUAUAACACGCAAAAGGAUACAAGUUUUUAAUUUUAUCUUCGGUAAAUUUAAUAUACAUAUACUUUAUAUGUACACACAGAUACACAAAAAUGUUUCUUUCAAGUUUUUGCAUUAUGUUAAUUAUAUAAGAAAUAUUAUGAAAAUACUAGAAUUGGUACAUUGUGUACUUAACUAUUUUAGUUUAGGUAAUCUUUAAGUAAAGAAAUUACGUAAAGAGAUGGCAUGAUGGUCGUCUUCAAUUUGGAUUAUCGUCUAUUUUUCAAAAUAUGUCACAAAUAUAAAAUGUCACAAGUUUAUUUUAUUAUUAUUGACACGAAAUGAUUACGUUCUGCUGAACGCGGCUAUUAUUUCAGCUAUUAUUUCAUUUUGGAUUCCAAUAAGAAUUUUCCCUACACACGUAGGGAAAGCCAAAAUACGAAACGUGUAUUUCCUUACAUUUAUUAUAUAUAAAAUUGUGGUUUUUCAUCGUGUAUCAAAAUAUACCUCGCGCUACAGAAUGUAUCAAUUCAAAUUAUUGCUAGUAUAAGAUGAUACAUUUGACGUAUAAAAAUGAAUAGAUCAAAGCUUAUUAUCUGAAGAAAAAAAUCUGUGUGAAGGGAUUUAUCAUUUUCAAAUACUAAAAGUACUAAUAUACUAAAUAUUAAAUUUUAAAAUAUUAAAUCGCAAAAAUUAUUAAAAAUUAUCUUAUGUAAAAAGAUAUGAGAUAAUGAAUAUAUCUAUAUAACAGUAUUGUUUUGUUAAAAUCAUGUUAUACUCUUUCUAACUGUACAGUUGUUCUAGUUAAAUAUAAUCUUUUUCUUAUGAUAAUAAGUUUUGAUACAUUUUGUAUUAAUGCAAUUCACUUCAUACGAAAUAACUUAAGGUAUAUUCGCGAAAUGUGACUAGUAAUCUGCAAUUUAAAUAGACCAAAGUUGUAAAAAGGAUAAGGUUUUACUCGUUGAAGAUGGAAACAGGGCACUUAAUAUACACACACGUACACUACUAUAAAUAUGAAAUACCUCGAUAAAAAAAAA